CACAUUGCUAUCGUUGCAGAGAGUGCCUGUUGCUGUCUGAGAGAAGUUUCAGAGGUCGGGAUGGAGUUGCAGAGGAUGGAUGGCUGAGAUAGUACUUGGAUGGCAUGGGAGCGCGAUGGAUGGCAGACUGCCCCUUGGUAUUAACUGCUGACUCAUGUUUCGUUCCAGUAACUACCUCGGGACUCUCAAUGGCUGACGCAGGACGCGGACGUGGCGGAUUCGGACGCGGACGUGGUGGUGACCGGGGCAGAGGUCGCCGUGGACCCCGCCGCGGCGGUCGCAAGGAUGAGGAGAAGGAGUGGGUCCCCGUUACUAAGCUGGGUCGGCUCGUGAAGGACGGCAAGAUCAAGUCCAUGGAAGAGAUCUACCUCUUCUCUCUCCCCGUCAAGGAAUAUCAGAUUGUCGACUUCUUCUUGCCCAAGCUCAAGGAUGAGGUCAUGAAGAUCAUGCCCGUCCAGAAGCAGACCCGUGCCGGUCAGCGUACCCGUUUUAAGGCGUUCGUCGCCAUUGGUGACUUUGACGGUCAUGUCGGAUUGGGUGUCAAGUGCGCGAAGGAAGUCGCAACUGCUAUCCGUGGUGCCAUCAUUCUCGCCAAGCUGUCCGUCGUUCCCGUCCGGAGAGGCUACUGGGGUGCUAAGCUCGGUGAGCCCCAUACCGUGCCCUCCAAAGUCAGUGGCAAGAGUGGUUCCGUCAUGUGCCGUCUCAUCCCUGCGCCGCGUGGUACGGGUAUCGUCGCUGCUCCUGCCUCGAAGCGCCUGCUUCAGCUCGCGGGUGUUGAGGACGUGUACACGUCAUCGAAGGGCUCAACUGCCACAAUGGGUAACUUCUUGAAGGCUACUUUCACCGCUAUCACUAAAACAUACUCCUUCCUUACGCCUGACUUGUGGAGAGAGAUCCCCUUGUCCAAGGUGCCUUACGACGAGCACAGUGCUCACCUUCAGCUUACCGCGGGCAAGAAGGCAUAUUAGACUUCCGGCAUGCUGUAGUUACUUUUGACAUUUGUAUUUUCUAAAACCUCUUUUCCAUGCUAUGGUAUAGGAGACAUGCAUCUCGCCUUCGCGUCAUAUACAUUGGGAGAUCGGGGCUGGAUUAGUCAGUC